UAGCCUACACAGUUAAGCCUAGCGAGUAGAAAAUAAAUGGAAGAAGGAAGUAGGACCUGCACUGUGAUAUAAAAGUAAAACGUUGUAUUCGUUUCUUGGGAUUUCUUUACAAGCGUAACCAGAAUGGAUCAAGCACUUCUGAGAGAAAGGGAAGCAUUCUUGAAGAGAGCAAAAUCCCAACCAGUCGUUGAGAAGAAGAGACCGAAAACUGGAUUUUCCACCGAACCACCCCCAAAGAAAAAGAAGCCAGGCCCCGGAUUUUCAGAACCAGGUUCUAGUCGAGUGUCAACAGGUUUGAAUUACAAGACCCAUGCUGGUAGUUCCAAAUAUAAGUUUGGCAUCCUGGCAAAAAUUGUAAACUUUAUGAAGACGCGGUAUCAGGAAGGUGACUUCUAUCCACUGAAUAUUGAUGAGAUCCUGGAUGAAACCAAGCAGCAAGAUGUCGGUCAGAAACAGAAGAUGUGGUUGGUCAAUGAGGCCUUGCCCAACAACCCGAAGGUGACCUUUGAGGAUGGAAAAUACAGCUUCAAACCCGCUUACAACGUGAGGAACAGGAAGGAGAUGGUUCGUCUGUUGAAGAGGCAUGAUCAGCGGGGGUUGGGUGGUAUCAUGAUGGAUGAUGUCAUGGAGAGUUUGCCUCAUGCCAAGAUUGGAAUCAAGAAACUGGAGAAAGCUGGGGAAAUCAUUAUCCUGACCAGGCCAGACAAAAAACAAGUGGUGUACUACAAUGACAGGACAUAUAAACUCAAGAUAGAAGAGGAGUUUAAAGAGUUAUGGAACAGCACAACAGUAGACUCAUUAGAUGAAGAAAAGAUCCAAGAUUACCUCAAGAAACAAGGCAUCAACUCAAUGAAGGAUCAUGGACCAAAGAAAUUUAAUGCCCCGCAGAGGAAGAAACCCAACAGGAAAGGUCAACGAAAGUUCAAGACGCACAACGACCACAUAUCAGACGUCCUCAAAGACUACUCUGAUGCAAAGAAAUGAAACCCUUAUCAGCUGUGGACCUUCCUGGCAAGGAAUCUUGGGAUUGUACAUCCAUUUGAAGGCUCAGUUCUUUGUUUUGUCCCACACUCACUGUGUGUAGCAGGAAUUUAAUAACACAU